CUCCCAAAUGCAUUGAAAACAAAACACAUUGAAAAUAAAUAACAAAUGGCAAAUCGCACCGUCAAAGAGGCGAAAAACGUGCACGGCACAAAUCCGCAAUACUUAAUAGAGAAGAUCAUACGCUCCCGCAUCUACGACUCCAAGUACUGGAAGGAACAAUGCUUUGCACUGACCGCCGAGCUGCUGGUUGAUAAAGCCAUGGAGCUGCGCUUCAUAGGCGGCGUCUAUGGCGGAAACAUAAAGCCAACGCAGUUCCUUUGCCUGACGCUGAAAAUGCUGCAAAUUCAACCAGAGAAGGACAUCGUCGUGGAGUUUAUCAAGAACGAGGAGUUCAAGUAUGUGCGCGCACUGGGCGCCUUCUACUUGCGUCUCACAGGCGCCGCCAUCGAUUGCUACAAAUAUCUGGAGCCGCUCUACAUUGAUAAUCGCAAGCUGCGUCGCCAGAAUCGGGCUGGACAGUUCGAGAUCGUCUAUAUGGAUGAGUAUAUUGAUGAGCUGCUGCGCAAUGACCGCGUAUGCGACAUCAUUUUGCCGAGGAUACAGAAACGCUCCAUAUUGGAGGAGAAUAACGAACUGGAGCCGAAGGUGUCGGUUCUGGACGAGGAUCUGGAUGAUGAGGUGCCCAGCGAGGAUGAGGCCAAAGACACCGAAGAACUGGAUUCGAGUCGCCAGAAGAAUAGCUCAUCUAGCUCAGUGCGGCGACCACGUCGCGCCCGUUCGAAAUCCAAAUCACGAGAACGGGAUCGACGAGCUGCUCCUCCCAGCAGCAAUGGUCGCUCUAGAGAUUACUACGACGAGCUGGAAGAAUAUGAUCGGCAGCGCAAUCGAGUGCGGACACAGAAUCACAGCAGCAGCAACUACAAUGACGACUACGAUCGCCGCCAAUCGGGUCGUAAUGAAAACCGAAGGGACGGAGAGCGAGAUCGACGCGAUCGAGAUCGUGAGCGGGACCGGGAGAGGGAACGCGAACGGGAGCGUGAACGAGAGCGGCAUGGUGACAGAGAGCGUGACCGGAACGGCGACAGAGAUCGAGAGCGUGAGAGAGAGCGCGAUCGCAGCAAUCGUCACGAGCAUCGGGAAAGAGAUUCCCGCAAUGAUCGUGAGCGACGACGAUACUAAAAUCGAUCAUCAAAUUAAU